AUGUGGGAGCAGUAUCGUAGUAAUGUGAACUCACUACGGGAGCUGGCUGCCAUUCUACCAGUCCCUCCACAGAAACGGGAGAAAAGGCUUACAAAGAAGGAGAUUCUGAACCAGGUUUUGCGAUACAUUGCAUUUCUUAACAAGCACAUCAACAAUACCAAAAGCUUGUUGAAGGAUCAUUAUGUGGCCAUAGAUGAAAGAGAAUACUGCUUAAAUGGAGAAGAGUCUACAAGCCCAGAGGAAGCUACACAGAGUAACACAGAGGAGAUAAGUCCUUUCUCCACACCUCCAAGCAUCAAGAAAAUGAGGCUGAGGAACAUAUGUCACAAGCCAAGGAAAAAGAAGUGGAUGGAAAAAACAGAACGGAGACAAGGGCUGAAAUCACGCCGCUGCCUCUACAAUGAACCGACUCUUGCUGAUAAUUACUUGCGAGGAGAAGGCCAGCGGGAGGUGAGGAUGGUGUGGCAAGGAUCAUCUAUGGAUACUUCAUCUUCCAGCUCCUCUUCACAGGAUAAUACUGUUAUACCCCAAGACCGUACUGUGUUCCUUACCUUGCUGGAGCUUGCAGAAUCCAGAGGCCUUGAAGAAACCAGAGGCCUUGCAGGAUCCGGCCUCAGAUACACAGGUGACUAUUUAAAAGAGGUUUCACCUUCACUGGAAGAAAAUCUAGUCAAUGCGUAG